CGUGAUUUGAUUCGGACAUCAUCUUUCCUCCUCACUUUUCGCCCUCGAGCAAUAAUGCUCAACCUUUCCAACCGGACCGCCGGUGCCAUGCGCGCCUUGCAGCGAUGGGCGGCGGGAAUGGCCACUGCUGCCCCAAGAAUUGGUGACACCAAAGUCCCAAUGUCGCUUCUCGAGAAGGGUGCCUACAUCAACUACCAGCGAAUCGAGGACAACCUUGUCAUCGUGCGCGACCGCCUACAACGCCCACUGACGUUGUCCGAGAAGAUUUUGUAUGGCCAUCUCGACGACCCGCAUGGUCAAGACAUUCAGCGUGGUGUCAGCUAUCUGAAGCUCCGUCCAGACCGAGUUGCUUGCCAGGAUGCGACUGCUCAAAUGGCUCUCCUGCAAUUCAUGUCAGCCGGCAUGCCCACUGCCGCGGUCCCAACUACCGUGCAUUGUGACCACCUUAUCGAAGCCCAAGUUGGCGGUGUAAAGGAUUUGGCUCGCGCUAUCGACAUCAACAAGGAAGUCUAUGACUUUUUGGCGACUGCAACCGCUAAAUAUGGACUCGGCUUUUGGAAACCCGGCUCUGGUAUUAUUCACCAAAUUAUUCUGGAAAACUACGCAUUCCCUGGUGGUCUUAUGAUUGGAACCGACUCGCAUACUCCCAAUGCUGGCGGUUUAGGCAUGAUUGCGUGCGGUGUUGGCGGCGCUGAUGCGGUCGACGUCAUGGCUGAUAUACCUUGGGAACUCAAGUGCCCCAAGGUCAUUGGUGUCAAUUUGACGGGAAAAAUUGGUGGCUGGACAACUCCCAAAGACGUUAUCCUGAAAGUGGCAGGCAUCCUCACCGUUAAGGGUGGAACUGGCGCCAUUGUCGAAUAUAAGGGUCCUGGCGUUGAAUCCCUCUCUUGCACGGGUAUGGCUACUAUCUGCAACAUGGGUGCAGAAAUUGGCGCAACCACGUCCUUGUUCCCUUUCAACAAUCGUAUGGCUGACUAUCUGAACGCAACCAAGCGACAACAGAUUGCUCAAUAUGCUUCCCAAUUUGCCCACAACUUGAAAGCCGACGAGAAUGCCGAGUACGACCAAGUCAUCGACAUCAAUCUCUCUGAACUCGAGCCUCACAUUAACGGACCCUUUACUCCAGAUCUCGCUACUCCCAUUUCCAAAUUUGCGGCUGAGGCUAAGAAGAAUGGCUGGCCAGAUGAACUUAAGGUUGGCCUUAUUGGAUCGUGCACCAAUUCUUCGUACGAGGACAUGUCUCGCUCGGCCGCUAUCGCCAAGGAGGCUGCUUCUCAUGGUCUCGAGCUCAAGAGCAAAUUCACGAUUACUCCCGGUUCUGAGCAAGUUCGUGCCACUAUUGAGCGUGAUGGUCAGAUUGGUGUCUUCGAAUCCGUUGGCGGUGUUGUUCUCGCCAAUGCUUGUGGACCCUGCAUUGGUCAAUGGGACCGCAAGGAUGUCGAAAAGGGUGUGGCCAACUCGAUCAUCACUUCUUACAACCGUAACUUCACUGGCCGCAACGACGCGAAUCCCGCCACCCAUGCUUUCGUUGCUUCUCCCGAUAUUGUCACUGCCAUGGCAUUCGGUGGCAGCCUCUCCUUCAACCCUCUUACCGACUCACUCACCGGCUCUGACGGCAAGCCAUUCCAAUUCUCUGCUCCUACCGGUUUCGAGCUUCCUCCUCGUGGCUAUGACCCGGGUGAAAACACUUUCCAACCUCCACCAGAAGAUCGUGCUAGUGUUCAGGUUGCUGUUGACCCCAAGAGCGAUCGUCUUCAACUCCUCCAACCUUUCCAACCGUGGUCUGGUGAACCCAAAGAUCUCCCCAUUUUGAUCAAGGUCAAGGGCAAGUGCACUACAGACCAUAUCAGUGCUGGUGGACCAUGGCUCAAGUACCGCGGACACCUCCAAAACAUCUCUCAAAACUGCUUGAUUGGAGCGAUCAACUCUGAGAAUGGCGAGGCUAACAAAGUUAAGAACCAAUUGACGGGCGAGUGGGGAGGCGUUCCUAAGGUUGCAGCUGAGUACCGGGAGAAAGGCAUCAAGUGGGUUGUUAUUGGUGACUCCAACUACGGCGAAGGGUCCUCUCGUGAGCAUGCGGCUUUGGAGCCUCGCUAUCUUGGCGGCCUUGCUAUCAUCGUUCGCUCGUUUGCGCGUAUCCACGAGACCAACUUGAAGAAGCAAGGAAUGCUAGCCCUUACCUUUGCCGAGCCUGCCGACUACGACAAAGUUCAACCAAGCGACCGCGUCGACAUCGUCGGCUUGGACACAUUUGCUCCGGGAAAAAAUUUAACGCUUGUCCUAAAGCAUGCCGAUGGUUCGAAGGAGGAGCUUCCUCUUGCUCACUCGUUCAACGAGGGUCAAAUCGAAUGGUUUAAGGCAGGAUCUGCUCUCAACUUGAUGGCAGCCAAGGCCAAGGGUCAUUAG